AGAAUCUCACCAUAAUACCUGCCUCGCUCUUUAGGUUACAAUCUACGAGAGUUACCACGAAGAGAUGAGUCAAUUCUAAUUGACUAACCAAAUUUUCAAGUUAUUGCAAGUGGUUGUGAGUGUCAAGCAUGUGAUUUUGUGCCUAGUGAGUGUUAUAAAAAAUUAGUGAAAAAAAAAUCGAUUGUGAACAGUUAUAACGAUGAUUUUCGCAAGUAGGACAAAUAUCCGAAGAAUUUAUCACUGAUGGUGGUUAAAUAAUGAAAGAAUAUCGAAACGCAGAGGAUCCAUGCUUCAGUGGCUUAAUCCUCACGUUCCGUUGAUCCUGAAUCGAUCAUAAAAACUUUGAGAAAGUUAUUUUUAAUGUCCAGCACAUUAAAUUGUGUCAUCAUUCCUAAAAUGCCAAAAUGAAUCUCUUCAAGCGUGGCAUGAUCUUCGUUACGUUUUUCGGAUCUUGCAUCGCCAUGGCCCUGUUGGUGGCCAGUUUAGGGACGAAACAGUGGGUGAAUGCGAAAGCAAAACGGCUCAAAAACCCCCACGAGAGCGACGGAAGGAUCAGUUUCGGCCUGUUUGAUGGCAAAAAAGAGCUCAAUGUUGCUUAUGGUUGGAGGAGUUACGAAAUUGAUGUGAUUCAUUUAUUGAAGUACGAACCAGAAUUUUUAAUUUACUGGUUUUGGAUUGGUACAGUGGUCAGUGUUUGUGCUGCCCUUUUGUUUUCUGCAUUGAGUGCAAUUUUCGCUGCUACAAACACAGCAACUUCUACUUCGAGGUGUUUAGCAUCCGCUUCAGCCCUCUAUCUGUGGAAUAUUUUGGCCAUGGUGGCCGAUGUAAUCGCCAUAGGUUUUUGGAUAGCACAAUUUUAUUUAAGAAUACAAUUUAAUGUAUUAUCUAGGGAAGACAGAGUCAACGAUUGGAUGUCAGAAGGGAUGGCUGAAUUGGGAUAUUCAUUUUGGUUCGUAGUUGGAGCAGCUGUAGCCUCAUUUGUAAAUAUUAUAAUAGUAUUUAUAGCCAAUAGCGAAAAAGAAGUCGACACGGUUAUACCAGUCUUAGAAGAAAAAACAAAUGGAGCCAUUAUGUUGUACUAAAAAAUGUAAAAAUAUUUAUGACAUAACAUUAAGUUUUGUAUUUUUUUUAAUAAAAAAUGAAAAAAAG